ACCCAAAACCGGAGUAAAAUGAUGAACUGCCCGGAUUUUAGAGAAAAUAAACAUGGCAGCUUCCAUGAAAAUGUGACUUUCCGUCGCUUUUGCAUUUGGGAGCAGUUCAGUUUGAUGCAUGAUGUCAGACAAGGCUGCAAGCAGUCUUUUGGUGAUUGUGCUGGACACUAAUCCAGUUUGGUGGGGAGAGAAUCUAAAUGUGGCACAGAGCAGUAGCAAGUUGAGCCUGUCACAGUGUGUGGAUGCAGUGAUGGUGUUUGCUAAUGCUCACCUGAUGCUGGGGCAUCACAACCAGCUGGCUGUCAUAGCUGCCCACACCAACCAGAGUGAGUUCCUGUACCCGAGGGAGGAGGCUGCAGCAGCAGUCGAAACAGGGGAUGGGGAUGCGGAGAUGGAGCAGUAUCGCCAGGUGGAUGGGAAGUAUGAACUUUUUGGGCGGGUCAACGCACAGAUACAGGCUCAGAUCCAGCAGCUGGUUUUACAAGGCUUGGCGGGGGAGCUGUAUUCGGACUCCCUCAUUGCAGGCCCUCUCAGCAUGGCGCUGUGCUAUAUCCAUCGCAUGGAAAAAGAAAGUGGAUCUGGCCUGGUACUGACUUCAAGAAUCUUGGUGAUCAAAGGCUCGGAGGACAACCCCACUCAAUACAUGAACUUCAUGAAUGCUGUGUUCACUGCUCAGAAACAGAAUGUAGUGGUGGAUGCUUGUAUCCUGGACAAUGAGUCGGGACUGCUGCAGCAAGCCUGUGACAUCACUGGUGGGAUCUACCUCAAGGUGCCUCAGAUGCUGGGUCUCCUCCAGUACCUGCUGGUGAGUAUGUCCUCCCUUACCUGUUGGAGAUGUCCUCCCUUACCUGUUGGCGAGUAUGUCCUCCCUUACCUGUUGGCGAGUAUGUCCUCCCUUACCUGUUGGCGAGUAUGUCCUCCCUUACCUGUUCGAGAUGUCCUUCCUUACCUGUUGGAGAGUAUGUCCUCCCUUACCUGUUGGAGAGUAUGUCCUCCCUUACCUGUUGGAGAGUAUGUCCUCCCUUACCUGUUGGAGAGUAUGUCCUCCCUUACCUGUUGGAGAGUAUGUCCUCCCUUACCUGUUGGACAGUAUGUCCUCCCUUACAUGUUGGAGAGUAUGUCCUCCCUUACCUGUUGGAGAGUAUGUCCUCCCUUACCUGUUGGUGGGUAUGUCCUCCCUUACCUGUUGGUGGGUAUGUCCUCCCUUACCUGUUGGAAAGUAUGUCCUCCCUUACCUUUUGGAGGGUAUGUCCUCCCUUACCUGUUGGACAGUAUGUCCUCCCUUACCUGUUGGACAGUAUGUCCUCCCUUACCUGUUGGAGAGUAUGUCCUCCCGUACCUGUUGGACAGUUGGUAUGUCCUCCCUUACCUGUUGGAGAGUAUGUCCUCCAGUACCUGCUGGUGGGUAUGUCCUCCCUUACCUGUUGGACAGUAUGCCCUCCCUCACAUGUUGGUGGGUAUGUCCUCCCUUACCUGUUGGACAGUAUGUCCUCCCUUACCUGUUGGACAGUAUGUCCUCCCUCACAUAUUGGAGAGUAUGUCCUCCCUUACCUGCUGAUGAGUAUGUCGUCCCCUAGCUGUUGGAGAGUAUGUCCUCCCUUACCUGUUGGUGAGUAUGUCCUCCCUUACCUGUUGGACAGUAUGUCCUCCCUUACCUGUUGGUGAGUAUGUCCUCCCUUACCUGUUGGUGGGUAUGUCCUCCCUUACCUGUUGGACAGUAUGUCCUCCCUUACCUGCUGAUGAGUAUGUCCUCCCUUACCUGUUGGAGAGUAUGUCCUUCCUUACCUGUUGGUGGGUAUGUCCUCCCUUACCUGUUGGACAGUAUGUCCUCCCUUACCUGUUGGACAGUAUGUCCUCCCUCACAUAUUGGAGAGUAUGUCCUCCCUUACCUGCUGAUGAGUAUGUCGUCCCCUAGCUGUUGGAGAGUAUGUCCUCCCUUACCUGUUGGUGAGUAUGUCCUCCCUUACCUGUUGGACAGUAUGUCCUCCCUUACCUGUUGGUGAGUAUGUCCUCCCUUACCUGCUGGUGAGUAUGAGCUCCCUUACCUGCUGGUGAGUAUGAGCUCCCUUACCUGUUGGAGAUGUCCUCCCUUACCUGUUGGAGAGUAUGUCCUCCCUUACCUGUUGGAGAGUAUGUCCUCCCUUACCUGUUGGUGAGUAUGUCCUUCCUUACCUGUUGGUGGGUAUGUCCUCCCUUACCUGUUGGACAGUAUGUCCUCCCUUACCUGUUGGACAGUAUGUCCUCCCUCACAUAUUGGAGAGUAUGUCCUCCCUUACCUGAUGAUGAGUAUGUCGUCCCCUAGCUGUUGGGGAGUAUGUCCUUCCUUACCUGUUGGAGAGUAUGUCCUCCCUUACCUGUUGGAGAGUAUGUCCUCCCUUACCUGUUGGAGAUGUGCUCCCUUACCUGUUGGAGAGUAUGUCCUCCCUUACCUGUUGGAGAGUAUGUCCUCCCUUACCUGUUGGAGAUAUCCUCCCUUACCUGUUGGUGACAUAGUACUGGAUGAAUGCAUCAGUAUGCUGCAGUGACAUAGUACUGGAUGAAUACAUCAGUAUGCUGAAGUGACAUAGUACUGGAUGAAUGCAUCAGUAUGCUGCACUGACAUAGUACUGGAUGAAUGCAUCAGUAUGCUGCACUGACAUAGUACUGGAUGAAUGCAUCAAUAUGCUGCAGUGACAUAGUACUGGAUGAAUACAUCAGUAUGCUGAAGUGACAUAGUACUGGAUGAAUGCAUCAGUAUGCUGCACUGACAUAGUACUGGAUGAAUGCAUCAGUAUGCUGCAGUGACAUAGUACUGGAUGAAUGCAUCAGUAUGCUGCAGUGACAUAGUACUCGAUGAAUGCAUCAGUAUGCUGCAGUGACAUAGUACUGGAUGAAUGCAUCAGUAUGCUGCAGUGACAUAGACCUGGAUGAAUGCAUCAGUAUGCUGCAGUGACAUAGUACUGGAUGAAUGCAUCAGUAUGCUGCAGUGACAUAGUACUCGAUGAAUGCAUCAGUAUGCUGCAGUGACAUAGUACUGGAUGAAUGCAUCAGUAUGCUGCAGUGACAUAGACCUGGAUGAAUGCAUCAGUAUGCUGCAGUGACAUAGUAUUGGAUGAAUGCAUCAGUAUGCUGCAGUGACAUAGUACUCGAUGAAUGCAUCAGUAUGCUAAUAUGGUACCAGAUGAGUUUCUUCCUAUUGUAUCAGGGGGUAAUAAGUGUAUCAGUGCAUGCUAAUUAUUACUGAGGCUGUCUUGCAUGUCAAAAAUUGAUUAUCUAGUUUGGCUGCUGGGCUUCUGCUUGUUUCUGGGCCAAGAUUUGAUUAAUGUUCUUGCCAUGGGAAAACCCUGCAGUCCUAGGCGAGGUCACCUGUCCCUGGCGCCUGCAGGACAGUGGUUGCUAGGCAACAUAUGCAACAACACUUUGAUCAAUGGGAAGCUGUAUGUUUGAUGAGGACAUCUGAGAGCAGUGUAAUAAAUGAGGUGAUUGUGUUGCCCUGGCUGCAGGGCUGACCGCUGUAUGGCCAGUGUAAUGGGGGCCGGUGACACCACCACGUCGUCAUGUCAGACACAUGGAUCAACAGUCUGGGGUGAAUGGAACCAUUGGUGUUGCAGCGGUAGCGUCACUCACUGUGGCAGUUUGCAACAUGCUCAGCUCAUGACAAUGUAGGUCACCUGCAUGGGUAAUCCACAGCUUAAAAUGUCAACAAGAUGGCCACUUAACAAACAUUGCUGUCAUUGUUGAUAUUCAAAUAUUUUUCACAUAUAUAUUGAGGAAAAACAAACUUUGUCAUCUUAUUGGAUUUGAACUAUAAAUAUGUCAUCCUAAGGAAACCUCCCUCAGUCGGGCAAAUAUAGAGUAUAUGACCAUAUGACCCAUAUUACGUACAUGUAUGUUAUGCAGUUACAUACCACAUGCAUCAUGGUAUUGGAUUACAUUUCUGUUCCAAUUACAAAUAAAAAGCAGUGGGGUAGCCUAGUGGUAAAAGUGUUUGUUCGUCUCACCGAAGACCCGGGUUUGA